CUCGCGGGGUCGGCCUGAGUUGCGGGUGCGCCGCUGGCUGCCUGUCCAUGGUGGAUGGUGGUUGCCUGCCUCGCGCCAGCACGAAGUUGUUCUGCUAAAAGCAAGAAUGAAACAGUUGCCUGCAGCAACCGUUCGCUGCCUUUCAAGUUCUCAGAAUAUCACAUCAGUGGUCAGUGUUGUAAAAGAGCUCAUUGAAAACUCUUUGGAUGCUGGUGCCACAAGCAUAGAUGUUAAAUUGGAGAACUAUGGAUUUGAUAAAAUUGAGGUACGAGAUAAUGGUGAGGGUAUCAAGGCUGUUGAUGCACCUGUAAUGGCAGUGAAGUACUACACCUCAAAAAUAAAUAGUCAUGAAGAUCUUGAAAAUUUGACAACUUAUGGUUUUCGUGGAGAAGCCUUGGGGUCAAUUUGUUGUAUAGCUGAGGUUUUAAUUACAACAAGGACGGCUGCUGAUAAUUUUAGCACUCAAUAUGUUUUAGAUGGCAGUGGCCACAUACUUUCUCAAAAACCCUCACAUCUUGGUCAAGGUACAACUGUAACUGUUUUAAGAUUAUUUAAGAAUCUACCUGUAAGAAAGCAAUUUUAUUCAACUGCUAAAAAAUGUAAAGAUGAAAUAAAAAAGGUUCAAGAUCUCCUCAUGAGCUAUGGUAUUUUGAAACCUGACUUAAGGAUUGCUUUUGUUCAUAAUAAGACAGUUAUUUGGCAGAAAACCAGAGUAUCAGAUCACAAGAUGGCUCUCAUGUCGGUUCUGGGGACUGCUGUGAUGGGCAACAUGGAACCCUUUCAGUGCCACUCUGAAGAAUCUCAGAUUUAUCUAAGUGGAUUUCUUCCAAAGUAUGAUGCAGACCACUCUCUCACAAGUCUUUCAACCUCAGAAAGGAGUUUCAUCUUUAUAAAUAGUCGACCAAUACAUCAAAAAGACAUCUUAAAGUUAAUCCGACAUUAUUACAAUCUGAAAUGCCUGAAGGAAUCUACUCGUUUGUAUCCCAUUUUCUUUCUGAAAAUUGAUGUUCCUACAGCUGAUGUGGAUAUAAAUUUAACACCAGAUAAAAGUCAAGUGUUAUUACAGAAUAAGGAAUCUGUUUUAAUUGCUCUUGAAAAUCUGAUGACAGCUUGUUAUGGACCACUACCUAGUACAAAUUCUUAUGAAAAUAAAAAAACAGAUGUUUUCUCAGCUGACAUGGUUUUUAGUAAAACAGCAGAAACAGAUGUACUUUUUAAUAUGGAAUCAUCUGGAAAUAAUUAUCCAAAUGUUGAUACUUCAACCAUUCCUUUCCAAAGUGAUGUGCCUAAUGAUGAAUCUGGAAAAAACACUGAUGAUGGCUUAAAAGACCAGAUAGGUGUUGGUGACCAUCAUGAUUGUCAUGUUAGUUGUGAAAAUUCCAGCAUUGAUAAGAAUACUAGAGAUGCAUUUCAAGAAAUUUUAAUGAGUAAUUUAUCAUGGGAGAAUACCCAGAGUGAAUACAAUGAAACGUGUUUUGUAGGUUCUGUUAAGCACACCAAACCAGAAAAUAGCAAUAAAGGCCAUAUAGAUGAGAGUGGGGAAAAUGAAGAAGAAGGAGUUCUUGAAAAGUCUUUGAAAAUUUGUGCAGAUGAUUGGAGCAAGGGAAAUGUACUUAAAAAUUCAGUGGGAGAGAAUAUUGAACCUGUAAAAAUUUUAGUGCCUCAAAAAAGUUUAGCAUAUAAAGUAAGUAGCAGUAAUCACUCAAGCCCUGAACAAAAGAAUCUCAGUGAAGGUCCUUGUAACAAAAAAACAAAUGUGAUAGAUAACAAAUCUGGACAACUUACAGCUUAUGAUUUAAUUAGCAAUCGAGUAAUCAAGAAACCCAUGUCAGCGAGUGCCCUUUUUGUUCAAGAUCAUCGUGCUCAGUUUCUCACAGAAAAUCCUAAUACCAGUUUAGAGGAUGCAACAUUACAAAUUAAAGAACUGUGGAAUACAUUGAGUGAAGAGGAAAAACUGAAAUACGAAGAGAAGGCUACUAAAGACUUGGAACGAUACAAUAGUCAAAUGAAGAGAGCCAUUGAACAGGAGUCACAAAUAUCUUCAAAAGAUGGCAGGAAAAAGAUAAAAUCCACCAGCACAUGGAAUCUGGCACAGAAGUACAAGUUGAAAACCUCAUUAUCUAAUCAGCCAAAACUUGAUGAGCUCUUUCAGUCUCAAAUUGAAAAAAAAAGGAGCCAAAAUAUUAAAAUAGUACAGAUCCCCUUUUCUAUGAAAAACUUAAAAAUAAAUUUUGAGAAACAAAAGAAAUUUGACUUAGAAGAGAAGGAUGAACUUUGCUUGAUUCACAACCUCAGGUUUCCUGAUGCAUGGCUAAUUACAUCCAAAACAGAGGUAAUGUUAUUAAAUCCAUAUAGAGUAGAAGAAGCCCUGCUGUUUAAAAGACUUCUUGAGAAUCAUAAACUUCCUGCAGAGCCACUGGAAAAGCCAAUUAUAUUAACAGAGAGUCUUUUUAAUGGAUCUCAUUAUUUAGAAGUUUUAUAUAAAAUGGCAACAGAUGACCAAAGAUACAGUGGAUCAACUUACCUGUCUGAUCCUCGUCUUACAGCAAAUGGUUUCAAGAUAAAAUUGAUACCAGGAGUUUCCAUUGCUGAAAACUACUUAGAAAUAGAAGGAAUGGCUAAUUGUCUCCCAUUCUAUGGAAUAAUGGAUUUAAAAGAAAUUCUGAAUGCUAUAUUAAACAAAAAUGCAAAGGAAGUUUAUGAAUGUAGACCUCGCAAAGUGUUAAGUUAUUUAGAGGGAGAAGCGGUGCGUCUAUCUAGACAAUUACCCAUGUACUUGUCAAAAGAGGACAUUCAAGACAUUAUCUACCGAAUGAAGCACAAGUUUGGAAAUGAAAUUAAAGAAUGUGUUCAUGGUCGCCCGUUUUUUCAUCAUUUAACCCAUCUUCCAGCAACUACAUGAUUAACUAUGUUUAGUUACUGUUGAAUUUGAUUUUGUCCUAAAACGAGUCAGUUUUUAAAACCUCUUUGUAUUAUCAUGUGUCAAAUGGUUAUUUUAUGAGGAUUCACUGACGUGUUUGUACAUUAACAAAAGUUUCAAACAUUGUAGAAAACUUAAAUAAACUAAUAUAGACUAUUCA